ACUGUUAUUCUGUUUCAUUUGGUAAAAUGGUUGCAUUCAAGUCCAUCCUCUUUCUCCUCGCCUUUGGCACAGAGGCCCUCGGUGUAACAACCGAUGUCAUCUGCCAAAGCAAAUAUGGCACAAAGAGUGUCGCUUCGAACAAAGUCCCACGGGCUACUACUACUGUAAAGAAUCAGAUCACGGUUAUUAAGAAGGUCAUUCGAAAAGUCAAUGUUGUUGUAGUGCCCAAGGCCAAGACUACAACCGAGACGGAGAUUGUGAUUGAGAGGACUACGACAAGUGCUGACUCGGAUGUUGAGACUGCUACUGAGACCGAGACUGAUGUGCAAAUCACGAAUCGGGUUAUGAUGCUCACGCGAACUUCGACAUCGGUAUCUUCAACAACCACGACGAAGUACACCGCCAGCACCAUCGCCGUACCAGCUGGUUUUGUUCCCAUCAAAGAAGUUCAAGGCUACAUCGCCAGGGUCAAAGCCCGAGGUCCCUUACCUAGAACUGCCGCCGAGUAUCUCCAGCGCGUCGAUUGCGUCAAGAAGAUUCCCUCCACUACGACCAAGACCAUAACUACCACAAUCAAGGGAGCGAGAAUUACUCUCAAGCCUAAGACUGUUACGAAGAAAACCACGAGUGUUGUUACUAUCACGGUGACGGAACAUGGACCUCAGGUUACGGAGACGGAGACUGAGACUUUUACUACGAUGAGGGUUAAUCUUGCUCAGAGGACUCAGACUCAGACAAUUCCCGAGACUGUCACCAUCGAAUCUAUCGUCCCAGCCGAUCCCUUCUACGCCGCCUGCUCCUCCAACAAUCUCGCAAGCACCGCCAACGGCGGCAAGAGAAUCGCCGACUUUUCCGCCUGGACCGCCAACAGACCCAUUUCCAUCUCCGGUUUGACUAGCGCGUAUACAUGCUGUGUUGAAUGCCAGAAGAAACAGAAUUGCUUGAUGAGUCGGUCAAGUGCUGGUGGCGCAUCGUGUUGGUUGUACUUGACACCCAGUGAUGAUGCUUGUUCGGCGCAGAUCAACUGGUUGACUUAUCGCACUGAUAGUGGUGUGAGCGUGGAGUGGACUUAUAGUAAUGGACCCUGUGGGAGGGCUGUUAAUGGGAGAGAGUCAUCGUGAUCGUCGCAUCUGAGCUUGGCAUCAGAAUCAUAGUUAUGGUUGAAGUGGUCACCAUAUAUAGGAAGCAGUCUGGAAACAAAACAUAAAUUAUAUAGAUAAGUAACAAAUAUUAGAAUGUAACCAUUAUAUC